AUUAAACGACCGAUGAAUAGUGAUGAUGAAAGUGCUAUAGAAACUAAAGUUCGUAAGGUAUCGGAAAUGUCGUCAGAUGUACAAACCAGUCGAAAAGUUAAUAAAAAGGACCGUAAAUACCAAGACAGUUACAUCAAGUUUGGAUUCACUUUCGAUGUUGAAAAAGAAAUUAAUGAAAUUCCCUGGUCAAUGUGUGUGUCAAUAUGCACUGACGGUGCAGCUGCCCUUACUGGUUCAAAAAAAGGUUUUAAAGCUAAAGUUCUAGAAGUGUCUUCAAAUAUAAUGUUUAACCAUUGUAUGAUUCAUAGAGAAGCUUUAGCUUCCAAAAAACUUCAACCAGAUGUUAAUAAAGUACUCCUUAAUGCUAUAAGUGUAAUAAAUUUUAUAAAAUCAAAGUAAUUAAAUUCCAGACUUUUUACUAUACUUUGCAAUGAAAUGGGUUCUGACCAUGAAAAAUUGCUUCUUCAUACUGAAGUAAGGUGGUUGUCUCGUGGUAAUAUU